GAAUGGUUUAUAAAUACGGCUACAGCUCGAGAUGGAGCAGAAUGGAUCUAAAGGUCUAAAAAGCCGGGUAGGCUUUAGGCUGUAAGCUUAAACUACAGACAGUAUUUUAUGUUGAGGUUUUGUUGUAGUCUGUCACAGUUAGCUAACUCUGUUUAGCCGUGAAGCUUUUUCUGGAUAUAAACAAGCUACGGACACAGGUCACAGGCUGUCGGCUGUCAAUAACAAGCUAUGGCCAUGGAUAAAUCCAAAGUCGCUAUUGGGUUUAUAGUAGCAGGUGUCCUCACGGUGUUUUUUGGGACGGUUCUUACCUUUGUAGGACCAAUAAUCAUCGACGACCAAGUAGUAAAGAACACGGUGAUCGACCCAAAGAAUGAAAUGUCCUACACCAUGUGGAAGGACGUCCCUGUGCCGUUCUAUAUGUCUGUGUACUUCUUCAACGUCCUCAACCCGAAAGAGAUCCUGGACGGAGAGAAGCCCAUGGUGGAGCAGAAAGGACCUUAUGUGUACAGAAAACGCAUUCAGAAAGACAACAUCACAUUUCAUGCCAACGGCACAGUGUCCUACAGGGAAUACAGAACGUACUUCUUUGAGCCGUCCAUGUCUUCAGGGAACGAGUCCGAUGUCGUCACGAUUCCAAACAUGUUGGUGCUGGGUGCUGCCGUUAUGAUGGAAAACAUGCCUUUCCCGGUGCGUUUAAUGAUGAGCGCCACCUUCAAGACUUUCAAAGAGGGGACGUUCCUGACCAAGCCAGUAGGGGAGCUGAUGUGGGGUUAUGACAGCGGUCUGGUUGAUUUCCUCAAUAAAUACCUGCCCGGCAUGCUGCCCACAUCGGGGAAGUUUGGACUCUUUGCUGACUUCAACAGCUCCAACACCGGCCUGUUCACCAUCCACACCGGAAAAGACGACAUCAGGAAAGUCCACAAAGUCGACUCGUGGAACGGCCUGACGGAGCUGAACUACUGGAGGACUCCUCAGUGUAACAUGAUCAAUGGAACAGCUGGACAGAUGUGGCCUCCCUUCAUGACCAGAGAGAGCACACUACCUUUCUACAGCCCCGACGCCUGCAGAUCCAUGGAGCUUGUUUACCAGCGUGACGGACAGAUGAAAGGUAUCCCUCUUUAUCGAUAUGUUGCACCCAAGACUCUGUUCGCCAACGGGACGGAUUACGCUCCCAAUGAAGGCUUCUGCCCCUGUAGGCAGUCUGGUCUGCUGAACGUCAGCAGCUGCCGACACAACUCUCCAGUCUUCAUCUCUCAUCCUCACUUCUUCAAUGCUGAUCCUGUGCUGCUGGACUACGUGCUGGGCCUUAAUCCCACAGAGGACGAGCACGGCCUCUUCAUAGACAUCCACCCUCUAACGGGCGUCCCUCUGAAUGUGUCCAUCCGUCUGCAGCUCAACCUCUACAUGAAGAGAGUGUCAGGAAUUACAGAAACUGGGAAAAUUUCUGAGGUGGUGAUGCCAAUGAUCUGGUUUGAGGAGAGCGGCUACAUAGACGGGCCCAUCCUCACUACCUUCCACACAAACCUGGUUAUCCUGCCGUCUGUGAUGGAGUACAUGCAGUACGGCUUCAUCACCCUCGGCCUGGUUACCAUAGUAAUCGCCGCCCUGGUGCAUCACAAAGUGAAGAGGUCUCGUACCAAUUUGACAAUGACUUCCACAGCAGUGGACAACCCCGCGGCCUCCUUUACAGAAAAUGGUGUACAUUACCAAGAAAGAAAGGAGAAAUGUACCAUAAAUAACUCAGAGAAGUAAAUGUGAAGGUGGCACCCAAUCAGAUGGAAACCCAAGCACUUCAACCGGAGAGAAAGAUCCACUGCUAGGAGAUGAUACAGACUGACACACACACACACACACACACACACACACAGAUGACGUUGUGGACUCCCUCUCGGCAAUUAUUCCACUAACUUGAACUGAAACACUGACACAUGGUGCUCCGCUCUGUAUAUUUCAAUGAGUCUUGCGCACAAGUGAAGCGAUGCCAUAUUUUUUUACCUUUCUGUGACGUUAAUGACGCUCCAAGACUCAUAGACUCACUUCAUUAAGCCUGUGUCAAAGCAGUCGGGGUUGAAACACAACAAUUUAAGAUGCUCUGUCAUUUAAAACCACUUUUGUUCUACAAAAACUACCACAGAAAACACUAUUUCCAGUUCAUUUUGCUCUGCUCACGGUUUGAUGAUCGGAAACAUUUGUUGUAUCACUUCAUUAGUAGACAGUUACUGUGCUGGCAGUUUUCCUGUGAUUUUAAAGAAAUGUUUCUGCAUCAACAACAAGGGAACUGAUGGGCAGAACGGCUGACUGCCUGGUGUAAAGUAUUGUACUACCUACGUGCCUUUAUCAAGGAGGAAACACUUCUCGCUCACCUCCGGGUCUUUGCAUUUAAUGUGACGGUUAAACACUAGGGAGUUAAAAUUGAAGAAUCAAACACUCCUCUGUCAAUCAGUGAGUCAAGCAGAGCGGACACAUUCCUAUUUGUUGACUACUGUCCUCUGUAAAGGUGUGAAUAUAUUUCGUGAAAUGGACGUGAAUGAUGACGUUUGUGUCAAAUGUCUCCUUUAUUGUGAAGAAGUGAAUGAAUGAAUGAAGAGAAACUUAGAGGUAAUAAAUGUUUGUUUAAAAUCCUA